UCCCGCCCACGUGUUUAUUACGACUCGGCGCGCCGUGGGUGGCUGCCCCAAGACUCCGAUUCGACUUCGAGACACCCCCGGCGACAACGCACUCGAGGCGUUUUGAAACGUUGUAAAAACGUUGCGCACGGACGUUGCUUCCUCGGGCCUUCGGGGGCGAGCAAGUCCCCUGCGUUCGGCGUUCGCCGCGCGUUUGGACGCUAUGUCGAGAAUUGGCGUCGCGCAGGAGAGGCAGUGGGUCAUGGUUUUACCCGAAUGGUUCCUAAAGGAAGCGGAGAGUUCCGACUGCGACCCACAUUUCAUCAAACUCCGGCAUCCGAAAACAGGUGAAGGAACGACCUUCCUCGUGGGUGCCGAUGGUAUGCACGGGGGCAAGGACAAGGGCAGGGCUUUGCUGGAGAUGAGGGCAUUGGUUGAAAAAGAACCCAGGUCUUGGCUGAUUGGACAGAGUGUGCAAGAAGAUGGAAAGCUGGUGCUGUGCACCCGCGUCGAUCCGCUCUUUCUCACGCUCCCGUACCUCCAACGGGCGCACGCCAAGGGCAAGUUUGAGCCUUUGAGUCAGAUCGUAAUGGAUCAAGAAUUCCCAGCUUGCUCCUUUUUGGCCGAAUGCGUGGGCGUUCGGUCCAAACUUCACGCGGUUGCCGAUGAGAAAGGAAAUGCAGAUCAGAAAUUUUACAAAUACAGCCAAGAGAAGACAUUGGCCUGGCUGGAGACAAAGGUGGCAAGGGUGGUUAAAGCGCUCAAGGAGAAAAGCAUCCCGGUGGGAGCCGGAGUUAAAUCCGCGCUGUUCAUCCGUCCAGACACCAGCGGCGCUUCCUCCGAAGAAGAGUACCUGCGCUACGCCCACGGCCUCAUCUCCGAGUACCUGGAGACUGAAUUGAGUUCUCGUUUGCAAGAACACUUGGGAAUCUUUGACGUGUCCCUCGUCGCGGAGGGAGAGCACCAGGCCUCCAAGAAGCGGAAGCGAUGCGACCUGCGGGUCGAGGCGGCCGAAGACUACUCCAAGGGCUCGCACGGCGCGGGGAAAGCGGCCAAGCCUGGCAAGCAGACCACAGCGCAGAGAGCCUUGGCCAAGGUGGACCGCACCGGGAUGAAAUCCAUUUCCAGCUUCUUCACAGCCAAGGGAGAAAAUAAAUCCUGAGCCUCUGGAGGAUAAACCCUUGCCGGAUAACCUCCUGAGCCAACCGGUGAAACCAUCAUCUACGUCACAGUUGAGACUACUCGCAAAGUCGCCGGCCCACUUGCCUGCUAGGUUAGUGAUUAAACUACCGCCACUGAUCCAUGGUGGAGUCGCUGCCUGAGACAUUGCUUGAACCAUCUGCUCAUCCCCCUUUCCACGCAACGUGCUUAGUUCCCAUCCUUACUCCCUGACACCAACUCCUGAACGUCACCAAUCAGUGGCUGAACCCUGUGGCUAAACCCACCUGGUUAGUCAGUGGCUAAGCCAACUGGCUGUUAACUGACUGCAGAAUCUCAACACGUUCAUCAUUAACACAGUGGCCCUUACAAGAACAUAAUGGGUGACGUUUUGGGCAAUAACCGUUGCCAAAACCGUUAGCUAUUAUAUAUUUUUUAGCUUUUAAGGCCACAAUGUCAUUGACGAUCGUGUUGAGUUUUGUUGUUGUUUGUGCUCGAGCACCACUGCCAACGCACAGUGCCAGAUUAUCCUAGUAGCACAAGAAGCUACACAUGUAGCUACGGGCCCCGCACUUUCAAGGCCCCCGCACUA